AACUGCACAAGGAGUAGCAGCUCCGGCGCCCGGCCGCGAAAGCAAUAUCUUAGUGCCCGGUCCCAGUUUCUCUGCCGUGGCUGCAGUACCCAGGCUGUCUCCUACCUCGGGCGGCCUGACUCCUUUACUGGGCCGCCGCUGAUUUUCUCUUCCGCCUUCCUGGAGGUUGCUCUCUUCAGGGCCGACAUGGUGCAUUAGGGAGGGGAUGUGGAGCUACCGUUUGUACUGCCUACACCAGCCGUAAUCAAUCGAGCUGCUGCAGGGGGGAUCUCGGGCAACAGCUGGAACCUAACCUCAGUUUUGCAUCCAAAUGAACGCAGCAGUUCACCCUGCAGAGCGACGGCUUUGUGAAUGCAGCAAGCCUGGCUAAUGACCAUUUAAUCUUGCUCAUGCAGAAUGUCUUACAGGCCACAGACUUUGUAUGUUUGAAGAAUGGCAGAUGGUCUUGGAGACAAGCCAAUGGAGGCAGAUAAUGGGACGAAUACACUUAAACCCCCACAGAUGGGUUUGAAACUAGUACAUCUGGAUUUGAAAGGAGCCCCGCCCAAGGUCUCCUAUCUAGUAGAGAUCUUUCCUCUGCUUUCCCACCUUGGUGCAGAUGGUAUUUUACUGGAGUAUGAAGAUAUGUUUCCAUAUGAGGGGAAGCUGCAGGUGUUAAGGUCUCCACAUGCCUACAGUCCAUCAGAAAUCAGAGAAAUCAUGAAUCUUGCCAGAGUGCUUCAUUUUGAAGUAAUUCCAUUAGUGCAAACCAUUGGCCACAUGGAGUUUGUGCUGAAACAUAAAAUGUUUUCCCAUCUUCGCGAAAUGAAAGAGUUUCCUAACAGUCUCAUUCCUUGUAAGGAGGAGUCCAUGGAACUGGUAAAAUCCAUGAUUGACCAGAUCAUGGCAGUACAUAAAGACUUAAAAUGGCUGCACGUUGGAUCUGAUGAGGUUUAUCAUCUUGGUGAAAGUGAAGAAUCUCAGAAAUUACUUGCACAAACCCAAAAUACUGUAGACAGCCUGUUUCUGUCUCAUGUGAGAGCUGUUGCAAAUUACAUCGUCACUAGCUACCCUAAUGUGAAACCCAUCGUUUGGGAUGACAUGCUCCGGAACAUCAGUGAAGAGAAACUUAAAGAAUCCAUGUUGAGUCAAUUUGUUGAACUGAUGAUUUGGGAAUAUAAUGCCAAUUUUAAGGUAGAUGGCAUGAUGCUUCAAAUUCAAAAAUACCAACGCUCUGGAUUUUCUCAUAUGUGGUUUGCAAGUGCGUUUAAAGGAUCCACUGGUGCAGCUCAGUCGCUAACACCCAUUAGCUAUCACUUAGCCAAUCACCUGCAGUGGCUGAAGGUGGCAGAAGCUCUUUCAAGGGACUUUAUACAGUUACAUGGGAUAGCACUCACUGGUUGGCAGAGAUAUGAUCAUUUCUCCGUUUUAUGUGAGCUACUUCCUGUGGGACUUCCAUCCUUGGCUGUUUGUCUGCAAACUCUGAAAAAUGGUGUGUUCUCUGAAAAGGAAGAGGACUUUGUGAAAAAAUGUCUAGGAUUCAAAACAUUGAGAGUUAACUUCAUAAGCACUGAAGAUGCAGGCAGUUUUCCAGGCAGUGAUAUAUUCAACCGUGUGACUCAAAUAAUCACCUACCUGCAGGAAUCUGUUGAUAAACUCCUUGAAGAAAAUAUAUACAUAAAAGGAUGGUUCAGUAAUUACCACAGAAAGAGGAAAUUUGUUCACCCCAGUAUAAUUCAGCAUUUUGAAGGAGAAGUCAGAAGGGUCCAUGCUCACUGGAAGGCUGGUGUAGGUGAGCUGAGUGCAGCGCUGGAGAAAAUCUAUUAUCCAGAUACUGUGGAGGAGUGGCUAGAAGAACAUGUCCAUCCAACCUUGACAAAGUUGCAACUGUUUGUGAAAGACAUGGAUGAAACUUUGGCAUCAGAGCAUUUGAAAUAAAAAGUGUCAUUACAUUUAUUGACUUUUAGAGAUUGUCACAUUCAAGUCCUUAAUUUGAAUGCAUGACCUCCUUUGAUUUCUAAUUAGCAUCAUUCAAGAUGAAGCCUACUGUAUGGUAACUAACAAGAACAAGAGAUUUAGCAUGAAACGAGAACAAAAUAUUUAGUUCUUAAAACCCACUGCAUCCAUAUUGUUUACAAUCCAUCCUAGCUAUUUUGCCUCUCUUGAGGUGGAGAGUCCUGCAUUGAAGCUUUAAUACUAAUUGAAGCUGUACACCACAACUCACUCCUCAGACAGCAAUGCCUUGCUGUAGCAGCACAGACUAUUGUGAGCAAUGGGCAAUUUGGUAAUCUCAGAAGAACAUUAGUAAGAACAGCAAAAGAUCAUUUGGCUAUGUAAGUCUGUGUGCCAUUUCAUAAUACCAUGACUGACCUCAGUCAAUACUUCUUCCUAAAAAUUUCAAUUAUUUUGCCUGUUUUGUAUUGAAUAGUGUAAAGCCAUGUCACUAAUAGUUAAGUUAUAAACUCUUCUAGAUCAUUGAAGAGAAUUGGUUACUUUGGCUUAUUUUGAAAUGGAUUAAUUCUUUGAAGUAUAACUGUGAAGUACAGGAACAGAAACUAGCUAGCAGCAGUAAAAACUGUCACAAAAAUGUUUAUGUAGACAUUGUACUGAUUUAACACAUAAUUAAAAGCAUCUAUGCAAUCA